AUGUACAAACCCCGCCCCGACUUCGAGACAGUGCAGGCCACUCGUCCAGAAUUCGAUCACGACGCCAAAGUCACCGUCACCAAACCACCCAACCCCACCUGGAAGCACGGCGAAGGCGGCAACGACGGAGGCGAAAGCCUGAAGAAAAACCACGUCGAGAUCGACCCACACGAAGAAGGCCGACCCGCGACCUCAAACUAUAAGCUUCUCAUCUCAGGCAUGGUCCCACGACCCAUUGCCCUCAUCAGCACCAAAUCCGCAGACGGCAAGACCGACAACCUCGCCCCAUUCAGCUACGCACAGGUGAUCAACCACGACCCGCCCCUGUUCACCGUUGGCAUCGCCGGAUCCCUGGAAAAUGCCAAGGACACGCUGCGAAACCUCAGUGAGACGAAGGAGUGCGUCAUCAAUAUCAUCUCAGAGCACUUUGUCGAAGCGGCUAAUGCCACCUCUAUCAAUGCGCCGUAUGGCGUUUCGGAGUGGGAGACUUCUGGUCUGCACCAGGCGCCUACUUCGAUUGUGAAGCCGGCUCGUGUGAAGGAGUCAGUUCUCUCGAUUGAGGGUAAGUUGGUGGAGACCAAGGAGUUUGAGAGCCGUCAGACUCCUGGGAAGAAGACUGGUGUGCUUUGCAUCAUCGAGGGUGUUCGCUUCUGGGUGCGAGAUGAUGCUAUCGAUGAGGAUAGAUCUGUGAUUGAUCUUAAGGUUCUCAAGCCUAUCAGUCGUCUGGGUGGAAUCUCGUAUGGUCGCACGACGGAUGUCCUGGAGCUUCAGAGACCACAGUUUGAGUAG